CCAUAACGCAAUUGCAAUGUAUGUGCAGUUUAGCCAGUUUAGCACUCAAAUCACACGUGUAUUUAUCUAUAAAUUAAAGCGAUUUGAUCUAAAUAUUAAAUACUAAAAAGUUCAUAGUUAGUUGGUAUCUCAAUACCAUAAUUAAAAAUAGCAAGUAUCAAAAGUUAAUUAUAAAUAUUAAUUGUUUGUUCAAAAGUGUAAAAAGAGACGACCGGGUUUGGCCGGGGAAACACGUAGACAUUGUUGUGUACGUAGUUUUUUAGGAUGCACAAACAGCCGUGUGUACGGGGGGUUCUUGUACAAACAUAGUCGUUAAUUAAUAAAUAUAAUUAUACUAAAAAAUAAUUUUUCUUAACCGCAUUGAUGAGCAUUUGAUAACUAUGGCUGAUACGGAAUUGCAAUUAGUUGAUAACAACGCUCUGAAUAACACGAGCGAAAAAGUUGAGAGUACGAGUGCGACGGAGGAGCAAGGCGUCCAAGACUCCAAACCGGAGGCUUGUGAUAACACAACCGAGCCAUCGUUACUCGAGGAUGUAACUAUGCCGUCUUAUUUAAGUAUGACAACUAGUACCAUAUCAUCGGGUCAAACAGAAGAGCCGAAAGCAUCUCAGGAUAAUAAUGGUAGCAAUGGAGACGAUAAAAGCGUCUAUGAAGUUUCAUCUGAUGAUGAGAAUGAUCGUGAAUAUUAUCGUAAUAAUCGUGAGGAUGAAAUUAAGGACAUCCGCAUAAACGACGCUAAAAAAAUGAGAUAUUAUCAAGAAGAGAGACGAAGAUAUCGCAGUGAUUCCGAGGAAGACGACGAUGAUGAAGAUGAUGAGGAAGACGACGAUGAAGAUGAUGAGGAUGACGAAGAUGAUGACGAUGAUGAUGAUGAUGAUGAAGAAGAAGAAGAAGAAGAAGAAGAAGAAGAAGAUGAGGAGCUUGAAAAAUACAAGAGAUAUGACAGGUCUGAGGAUGAGUACGAAGCGGAUAAAUUUGAAAGAUCGUCAGAUGAUUAUGUAAUAAGGCCUAGCGUUGCAUUGGGUAAAGAUUGUAAGAAACGAAGCGUAUCUAUGGAGGAACUGAGUCCGAGAAAAAGAGCCGAGAAAAAUAAUAAGAAACUGGCGCUUCCAGUACAUUUUGAAGAGAUGUCCAGACAUCCAGAAGUAAGUUUGAUUUCCAAUCCGCGGAAAAAUACACCGGGAAGAAACUAUAAUCAUAUUACGAGUAAAGUUAAGCAGUAUAUUCAAGAUGGACAAGAGCGGAGAAGACUGAGUGCUCAGCGUAGAUCUGUUGACAAGAUUAAUGCCGGUGGUAAACGAUUGGCCAAUGAUAAUGAUACUGAAGAAGAAACAGAUACUUUACGGCUGAAUCCUCAAUGUAAACGGUUAAAAGAAUAUGCUGCGCUUACACUUAAAAAUAUAGCUGCUGAAGAUCCUUUGAGUAUUGUUGAAGUUAAUUUAGAUAAUCAUAUCACAGCUAAUGGCAACAAUACUGAAGCAGACGCUAAAAAUAAUAAACAAGAUAAUGAAAAUGCGAAAAUGGAGAUUGAAGUUAAUGAUGAUGAUGAUGAGGAUACUACGAAGAGCGUUACUAAAGCGGUUGAUAAAGUUAAUGGAGUUAUUGAACAUUCCAAUGAUAAUGAAAAACCUUACCAGAAGGAUGAGGAAGAAAUAGAUCAGCCGGAAAAUUUACCUGAGAAUAAUCCAUUGGCAAUUUUGAGUGUACAAACGUUAACUAGCGAAGAAUUUGCUAGAAAUAAUUAUCGCGAAGCUAAUGAAGGAGAAAUAGAUAACUUUAUUGAAAAUAACAUUGAUAAAGAAACUGAAGAAAUAACUGUUGAACCAUUGAAUAUUCUACAAAUGAACUCUCAAAGUAUCGGAGGACAAGAAUUGAGUGAAGAAAUGUCAGAAGAAUCCCUGAUAAAACAAGAAUAUGAAAAUACCGUGAGAGAAUUGAUGUACCAGCUCGAAAAGAAAAACUCUGUUUGCGCUCAAAUAGGCCAGGAUUAUCAAAAUGCAGUAAGAGAGAAUUUGGGGAUGAAGACCGAGAUGGAA